AUGGACAAAUAUACGCUUGUUCUCUUUCCCUUCUCUCGUUUCUUUAUCAACUUCACUCUAUCUCUUUUCCUCACUUUCUUUUAUCUCUUUUUUCUUUCAUUCCCCUCCGCUCUCAAUGUCUCUCUUUUUUCUGUCACUUUCAUCCUCUUUUCUAUCUCACCGUCUUUUUUUUCUCUUCUCGCAGACUCACAAUCUUGCUCUUCGCUUUCUCUUGCAAAAAUGGUCGACUCUCCAGGACGUACCUGGCCCCUCUUCCUCUGCUCUAUCUCUACACGAUUCAGAAUUCCUAGGUGGGCAGCAGCGCAGAAGGGAGUCUGCUUAAUCAGGGCGACACCUGUAUUAUUCUUCUUCAUCUUUUCUUCUUCUUCUUCUUCAUCUUUUCUUCAUCUUUUCUUCUUCUUCAUCUUUUCUUCUUCAUCUUUUCAUCAUCUUUUCUUCAUCUCCUUCUUUUCUUCUUCAUCUUUUCUUCUUCAUCUUUUCUUCUUCUUCUUCAUCUUUUCUUCUUCUUCCUCUUUUGUUCUUAAUCUUCACCUUUUCUUCUUUUCUUCUUAA